AAAAAAAGAGAAACAGAGAGUGAGGCUGAGAGAGAUAUACUCAUCAAUAUUUUUCUCACACCUGCACACACCACACACUUAAAAAAAACAAAAAAUCUUUUCAAAAAUUUCUUUGGUUUUCUUAAUUUUUUUUCUACUUCCCCCUUUCUGUAAUCAUCCCGCUUCUUUGAUCCCUUUCUGUAAAUUAUCUGUGUUUUUUCAAGAAGUUUUUCUGACUUUUGAGUUUGUGUUUUUCAUGUUUUUGAUGUUCUGAACUUAAAAAUGGAGAAAAUGCAAACUUUUAAUUAGAGGAAAAAGUUUUUUUUUCAAACUCAGGUGUUUUCAGAAUCGAGAUCUAGUAAAGUAAUAGUAACUCAGUAUAGUUUUUUUUUUUUUUUUGUUUUUCUGGAAAAUCAGAUUAGAGGGCUUAUUAGUUGUCCCUCAUAGUUUGAUUUGUUUAAAGGAGAAAAUUAGAGGUUGUUAUUUGAAGACCUCUUUUUUUUUCUGUUUAUAGUGAAAUCACUCACCUGUGAUCUUUUUAUUUGAUAAGAAACAGGUUGUUUUAAUUUGUCUUUAUAACUUUUUUCUUGUUUAGAUAUGGCAGCUAUGGAUUUUUGGAAUAGUACAUCUGUAGAUUUUCAAUCAUCAUCAGAACCUAUUACUUCUGGUGGUGAAUUAAUGGAAGCUCUUGAACCUUUUAUGAAAAGUGCUUCUUCUUCUCCUUCUCCUCCCCCUUCUACUUUUCCUCCUGUUUUCCCUUCUUCUUCUUCUUCUUCAUCUUUUCCUUCUUCAGAUUUCCAAUCUUAUCCUUCAUUUCCUCCUCCAACUCCUACCAUCUCAUAUCCCUACACCACUUCUUUUUACCCAUCUUCUCAAUCUACUAUGAGCUCUGAGGUUUGUUCCACUUCCACAGAGAUGAAUUCCCAAAUCUUUUCAACUCGGUUUUCUGGGUAUGGAAUGGAGCAACAGGGUUCAAUUGGGUUGAAUCAGUUGACCCCAAUCCAGAUCCAGCAAAUUCAAGCUCAAAUCAACUUCCAAAACCAACAACAACAGCAGCAGAUGAUGUUACAGACUGCCCAUCAUGCUUCCACCAUGAAUUUCUUGGCACCAAAGCCGGUUCCAAUGAAGCAAUCUGGGUCGCCACCAAAACCCAAUAAGCUCUACAGAGGUGUUAGACAACGCCACUGGGGAAAGUGGGUCGCUGAGAUCCGUUUGCCUAAGAACCGAACCCGGCUUUGGCUGGGUACUUUCGACACCGCUGAAGAAGCUGCUUUGGCUUACGACAAGGCGGCGUAUAUGCUUCGUGGUGACUUUGCUCGACUGAACUUCCCCCAACUCCGCCACAACGGCAACCUAAUCGGCGGCGACUUUGGUGAAUACAAUCCAUUGCAUUCCUCUGUUGAUGCUAAGCUAAAGGACAUAUGCCAGAGCUUGGCACAGGGGAAGAGCAUUGACUCUAAGAAGAAGAAAACCAAAGGGUCGUCGGCGGAGAAAGCGGCGGUGGUGAAGAUGGAGGAAGACGAGAGCAAAACGAUAGAAGUUGGAUCCGAAAGUGACGGGUCGGGUUCCGGGUCCGGUGGAUCAUCGCCGGUAACGGAACUGAUAUUCCCGGAGUUCACUGAGGAAGAGCCAACUUGGGACAUGUCAGAAAAUUUCUUGUUGCAAAAGUAUCCAUCUCAUGAAAUUGAUUGGGCCUCUCUAUAAAAUUAGAAAAAAAAAUUAAGAAAAAAUUAGUAGUAAUUAGCAAUUAAGUCCAGGUUUAAGAGGUCUUAUGUAUUAUUUUUUUGUAUUUUUGCUUUGUUUAUAAUUGUUAAUGGUGGUUCUAGGUCUCUAGGUCCAUUGAACAUUGAGUCACUGCAAUGGAGUUUUUGGCAAUUGCAGGGCAAGUUCCUUUGUAGUUUUUUCAUAUUUUAGGUUAAAAAUCCAAACUGGUUAGCUAAUGUUUUUUGUCUUGGCUAGGCCAGUGGAUUUGUUGCAUUGUAAUGUCAUGGUUGUAGAGGAAUCUUUAAUUAGUGUCAAUAUUUCAUUAGUACUAAUU